AUGUCCAAGCGCGGCCUGUCUCGCGAGGAGAAACGCACUCGACUCGUCGACCUGUUCCACGAAAGUGCUGAGUUCUUCACUCUCAAGGAGCUCGAGAAGGUUGCGCCUAAGCAGAAGGGCAUCGUCCAACAGAGCGUCAAGGAAAUCCUCGACGAGCUCGUUUCGGACGGCCUCGUAUCCGCUGACAAGAUCGGAACGAGCAACUGUCAGCCCUUCCUUCCUCACUUCUGGGCUUUUCCUAGCACCGCUGGCGCUACUAAACAAGCAGCACUCGACAAGGCCAACGCAGAAGCCGAUGCCGUCGAGGCGUCUAUCGCUUCAACCAAGGCAGCCAUCAAGGCCGCCGCCAAGGGCCGCGAGGACACUCCCGAACGCCAAAAACUUCUGGCCGAACUUACGGCCAUUCGCAAGGAUAGUGAGAGGCUCAAGAGCGAGCUCGCUGCCUUUGGCGCUGUCGACCCUGUCCGUUACACGCGCAAGAAGGAGGCCGUCGCAAUUGCGCAAGCAGCCGCUCGCCGCUGGACUGAGAACACGAUGAUUCUUUGGGCCCUGCUCAAGAACUCCGCCCCGGAGUGGGACGAGCAAGUCUUUCGUUCGAUGCUGGGCAUCAGCGAUACUUGGGAAGACAUUUAGAUGUUAGCUUCAAUCCAGUUACCGUCAGUCAGGAUGACGCCGCCAAGAUAGCGGCUUUGAUAGAUGCAUGGUUCAACAAGC